AUGCAGGUCCUGUCUCUUGAGGCUAAGCAUUUAAGGGAUUUCAGGAAGUUUUACCCUCGCUCCUUUGAUGGAUCAUUGGGGGAUCCCACUAAAGCAGAGAUGUGGUUGUCAUCAAUUGAGACGAUUUUCUAUUUUAUGAGGUGCCCAGAAGAGCACAAGCUCCAAUGUGCAGUUUUCAUGUUGAUUGGCAAUGCGGAGAUUUGGUGGCGUUCAAGAGAGAAAAUGAUUGAUACUGGUGGGGAACUUGCAAUCUGGGAGCAGUUCAAUGAGCGUUUUUAUGAGAAGUAUUUUUCGACCAACGCCUGGUACAACAAGCAGUCAGAGUUUUUGAACUUUAUUCAAGGAGUUAUGUCGGUAGAGGAAUAUGAACAAGAAUUUGAUAAGCUAUCCCACUUUGCUCCUGAGCUAAUAGCCACCGAGGCAGCGAGGACAGAGAGGCUCAUCUAG